ACCCACUUGGCGGCCAUACUGAAUGUUGUCUGUUGACAGUUAGUUAGUCUCAAACAUUUUUAUGAAAACUUACUACGUAUCCAUUUAAAGUGCAGUGCCUUUACCCUCCGGUGCUAGGACGGAUGUCCUAGACUGGCACUGACCUUAUUAACAAGCUAUGGAUGAAGCUGAACGGCAAAAGAAGUUAGAAGCUGGGAGAGCCAAGACUUCACCCGACAUGCCUCGAAGCCAGCCGCUUGCUAGUUUCAGAAAGAAGCGGGCGAAAAGAGACGGUGCGGGGGCGACGAAAAAGACGCAGAAGGGGAAGGGCCAGACUGUCCCGAAGAAUGACUGCUCGACGCAAGACCGUUGGGUAGAAGCCCCGCCGCCGUCAGCUGGCGCUACAGCGCUAGAAAGCAGGACCAGCUGUGAGGGGGGCUCACACUCUGAGCAAUCAGAAAAUCAGCAAUGUGACCAACAAGAGGAGUCCUUCUCCUCUCCGGACCGAAGCCUUUCCCCUGUGGAAGACCUUAGAGAAGAGGAACUAGCUACACUCACUGGCAAAGAGCAACUCAAGCUCUUGCAGCAGGCUGUUGAAAAGCGAAAUGAAAUAAUUGCCAAGCUCAGCCAUAACCUGCAGGACGCCCUUGCAAGUAGAGACCAGGUGCAGCUGGAGGCUCAGUCUCUUGCUGGACAGAUACAGGCUCUGCAGAAACAGCUCCAGCAGACUAGUGUGGAGUUCCUGCGGAUAAAAGGUCACUCUGGGGCUGAAGCCUUUGGUGUUGCAGAGCACCACCAUGACCUUUCUUCCAAAACUACAAACAUCAGGCCUACAGAGGGAAUAUCAGAGGGAUCAGAGAAUGCAGGUCAUGGCUCCCAGCAGAGCCCUGAAGGCUUCAGCACUGAGACUGAGGUGGACACUGCUAUACACAAUCUGAUGUUAGAGCUGGAAGAAGAGAGGAAGAACAAUCAGCGUAUCCGUGCCGAACUAGAAUCGGAGAUGGAGAAAAACCAACUUGUGCUUUCACUGUUGGAGGAGGAGAAGCAAGGGAGGGAAGAGGAGCAAAAAGAACUCCAAAACCUCCAGACACAGUUAAGCCAAGCCCAAAACCAGUGCCUUGUCAUGCAGCAGUACAAGGAGGAGAAGGAGAAGCUAAACAUAGAAAUACUGGAGCUGAGAAAAAAGCUGCAAGAGGCAGAAGACUCAGAGAGAAGGUCUGAUUUUAAAAAUGAAAGCCCAGCUUUUUGUUCUCAGACUCUAGAGGAAGUAAAUAAGAGACUUGAAGAUGAGAUGAAAAUGCUCAGAGAGGAGGUUGAUCAUGUUAGGCAGCUGUUAGAUAAGAGUGAAAGGGAACUAAAGCGGAGAGAGGAAGAGGUGGAAGGACUCAAAGCUUCUAAGAACAGAGAAAACCAAACCAAAGCUGCUUUUAUUGCUGAAGCCAAUCUGGAAGCUGGUCCUGAUGAGAGAGAUCUGGAUACAUCUCUACAAGGAGAUAUUCUGAUGGAUCGAUACUUGUCCUCCAUACCCCCUGCACACUCCCAGUCUUCAGUGGUAGGUGAACUUUUGGACCAACCUAGUCAGCUGGACCUAUCUGCAGACUGCAGCUUUGAGCUCAACAGUGAAGUCUUCGGUGAUCAGCCCCUGCUGUCCAUUUCAAACCGCAUCUGUGAACAGAACGACAAUAUUCAGAACAUCAGCGGCUCACAGCACAGCGCCCCAGAGGUCGGCCAUUCCAGUGAACUUUUAGUCUCUCUGUGGCCUCACAGCUCAACUGCAGGUGACAUGGAGUGGAGUCAGUUGUCCGAGCAGCAGCAGUUAGAGGAGAUUGACUUGGAAAAACAGCUGCUGAGUCAGCAGUGUGGGGAGCUGCGUGAGGAGCUAGCUCUGAAGGAGCGCAACUUGGGGGUGUUGAGAGAGGAAGUCCGGAAGAGUGCAGAGGAGUUGGAGGAGGCACGGAGCAGGUGGGCCCUGGUAACAGAGGAACUGCAGGAAGCUCUCGGUGAACUCGAAGAAGAGCGGGAGAGGCGAAGACUUGUUGAGGAGGAGAUGAACCUGAAAGCUCAUAAGCAGGAUAACUGUGACGACAAAGACGUCUUAAUGGAAGAAUGGGGAAAUGAAACUCGACAAACUUCUGAAACCCCCCUUAUUCAAUUUACUGCCAAUUUAUCAGAGUAUGCAGAUGAAUCUGUAGGGGAAAUUAAUGAGGAGAAGCAGGUAGAGGUUUCACUUUUGCUUCCUCAAAGCCAAGAGGAGCUGCAGAUGGAGACUAAGCCUGCAGAUUCUACCAAAGACCUUUCUGACCCGACUGAUACCCAGAUCCAAACAUCACUGGCCGAUGGUGACCAUCUGAUAUCAGAACUAGAGGAAACAACGAAGGAACAGAAAGCUACAUUGAUCCUCCUUAGCCAGGAGACACCUGAGCUCAAUGCUGUGUCAGAAGAGCUGCAAAUGACUCGGACUCAGUUUCUGGAGCUCCAAGCUAAAGCCAACAAUCUGCAGCAAGAGCUGCUGAAGAGCCAGGACAGUCUAGACUCUGCGGAGAGAGAGAAAAGGGAGUUGGAAGGGCAAAUUCACACUCUGAGAGAAAACCUGGCCUGUUUGGAAGAGGCCCAGGCUCAGUCUGUGAAACAGAGGGAGGAGGAGAAGAAGAAAGAACAGCAGAUGGACGAACAGAUAAAAAAGAUGGAACAGGUCCUGGAGAAGGAACUGGAACAGUUUGAAAACAUCAUUAAAUCUAAGGAGGCAGAGUUGGCUGAAGAGAAGGAAAAAUGGGAGGAGGAGAGGCAGGAGAAGGAAAAGCUCAUUGAUUCCAAACGUUUGCUGGUGGAAAAAGUGAAGGAGAAGGAAGAGGAGGUGAAGGUUCUCCUUGAAAAGCAAAUCCUGGCUGUGGAGGAAGCUACAGCAAGACUUAAAGCUUCUCAUGAGCAGGAAGUACGUAACCUGAUUGAGAAACAUCAGCAGGAGAUUUCUGAACUGAAUGAUCACCUGGAGACAGAGCUGCUGAAGCAGCGCGUCAGUAUGGAGGAAGAGCACAAGCGACAAAUCAGCUUCAUCAAAGAGGUGACUGAGAGGGAGCAUGAGAGGAUCAUGUCAGAGCUGACAGCCAAACACAACCAGGAGCUUGAACAGCUAAGGACAGAGGUGUCCCUGGAGCUGAGGGAGAGCUUUGAAGCUGCCCACCAGGCUGAGAUGCAGGAGGUUCAGGCCCAGAAGACCUUGGAACUUGAAGCUCUACGUGUGAGCCUGACCACCGUUUACACAUCUCAGCUGGAGGCUUCACAAGCAAGCAAAGAGCAAGCUGAAGUAAUCAGUAAGCUCAAAGCCUCCAUGAAGGAGACGUUCACCCAGGAAAGGGCUAUUCUUCAAGCCCGGCAUGAGUCGGACCUGGAAAAGCUCAAACAAGAGAAUCAGGAACAACAAGACAGGCUGCAGAAGCAGCACCAACUAGAGAUGGAUGAGUUGAAGCAGCAAUGGGAGACUCGUUUUGAUCAGGAGAGAGCUUCAAUGGAGGAGAAACGAGAUAAAGAAAUAGAGGCUCUAAAGGCACAGUGGGAGGCAGAAGCUGAGACAAGCAGCCAAAGGUCUCUGUCAGAGAUUCAAAACCGUCUAAAUGCUGCCCAGACAGAGCUGAUCAACACCCAGGCCUCCCUGACAGAAACAAGCAGAGCUCUUGUAGAUGCCAGAGCUGCUCUGUCUGAGACCCAGUCUGAACUGCAUGAGACCAAGGCCGCUCUAGAAGAGCAGCAAACUUCCAGUAAGGAGCAGGUUCAGAAACUAGAGGAAGACCUGAAACAAGCCUGGGCCGACAAAGAGGCUGCUGUCGGUUCUUUGCAGGAGUUGGUUUCUCGUCAGGAGACAGCCCUGCAGGAGAAAGAGCAGCAAGUAUGCCACCUUGAGGAAAAAGAGCGACAACUGCAGCUGGAGGUUUCGCAUCUUCAGGAAGAGAAAGUCUUGCUUAAAAAGAGCUCAGAAGAAGAAGUAGGUCAGCUGUGGACCCAGCUGGAAAAUAUGAGAGCUAGCCGUCAAGAGCUGGGAGAGCUGAAGGAGCAGCUCAUGGCACGCACAUCUCAGGUCGAUGACAUUGAGCGUCUUAAGACGGAAUUCAGUGAGCAGAAACAAGAAAUCAAAGAGCUGCAUGAGACUGAGCUGGAAAACCUCAGGAAGUAUUUCGAGAAGCGGUUGCACGCCUCAGAGGAGACCUACAAAGAGGAAAUAGCUCUGCUCCAGCUGAGGCUAGUGGAAAGUGCCUUAGAGGAAUCUGUAAUGAAAACUGCAGAUGACUGUUUCAGUGGCGUGCAUCACGAUCUGGCCGAGGACAAAGAUGUAAAAGACGGACCUACUGGUCACACUGAAUUCCUGGAGAGCUUGAGACUUGAGCUGGAGGAGAAACAUGCAAAGGACCUUUCCCAGCUAGAAUCUUCUUUGGCUCUUUCUUAUAAAGAAGAGCUGCAGCAGGAGCGCUCUAACCUCACAGACCAAUACUAUGAAGAACUGCAAGAGAUGAAGAGCCGUCAUGCCCUUGAACUGGAGCAACUCCGAGCCAAGCUUUCUGAGAGUCAUGUGCAAGAUCUUACAAGAGUGCAUUUGGAGGCAGACAGGCAGGUGGAGGUUGAGAUAGAACAGAGAUUGUGGCAUCUCACUGAGGAGCUACAGACAAGGACGGCUAUCAUCCACAACCUUGAGAACAACCUUGCUGCCCUAAGUGAACAGCACAAAUCCGAUCUCGGUGAGGAUAAUCUGUUGAAACUGAGAGAAGAGCUUCAACGGAAACAUGAAAACGAGAUAUCUGCUUUGAGGUCAGACUUUGAGAGGGAGAAGAAGUGCCUUGAAAAAGCUCUGGAUGAAGAACGGGAGAAGAGAAAGUCCCUUGAAGUUGCUCUGGACGAUGAUGAUAAAAGCCAACAGCAUCUAAAGACUCAGUAUGACAACGAGCUGCAAAAUGCAAAGGACUGCAUGGCUGUGGAAAUAAACGAGCUCAGAAAUCAGCUUCUGGAGCAGAGUGAAGAGAAGCUCCGACUGGCACAGCAAAGGUUCCAAGAGGAUAAAUCAGCUUUGGAGAACCAUUGGGCUCAGAGAUAUGAAAAGUCUAUGGCAGAGCUGAAUGAUAAACAUAAAGCUGAGCUCGAACAUGAGAGGACAGCGCUCCUAAACAAGCACUCAGAAGAGAUGAAUGCACUGGAUGCCAAACACAAAGCACAGCUAGAUUCACUCAGUGCCUGUCACAGAGAUCAGCUGGCAGCUACGCUUAUUGAGCUUGAAAAUAAGCAUAAGGCUGAGCUUGUUGCUCUGGAAUCAGCCCUCCAGUCUAAACUGGAAGCUGCUUUUCAGGAGACCAGUCAGGCGCAGUUGGAGGCUUUGGAAGCGGAAUUGGUUAGCCGACACCAGGAAGAACGGGAUGAGCUGGAAAAGAGGAUGCUGGGGAAUAUGGACACUUUGGAGGCCACCUACUUAAAAGAAGUUCAAGCAUUGCGUGAUGAAAUUAACCAGCUUGAAGAGAAGCAUCACCAGGACCUGAUUUCCAAGGCUUCAGAGCACAAGCAGCUGAUGGAGUGUCAGGCUGCAGAGCAGCUGUCCAUCAGGGAGGAGCUGAAGAGGGAGCUGGCUCAGGUACAGAUGGAGAAGUUCAAGGCCAUGGCUGCUGAGCUUACCCACGUUCACAAGAUGGAGCUGUCUGCUCAAAAAGAGACUUUAGAUAAAGAACACUGCAAAGCCUUGGAAACACUGAAGCAGCAGGUUUUGGAACUGGAGCAUCAACACAGCACUGCCCUGCAGGAGGUCUCACAGACUUACAACAUUGAGAAGGACCAGCUUAUCGAACAGCACCAAAAUCAGCUUCAGGAGCUGAGGGGAACCUCUGAGCGUGAACUGGAGGCUUGUCGCAGGGAGCUUGAAGAAGAGGCAGCAAGACAAAAGCAGCACUUCCUAAAAGAGUUGGAGCUUCUCAAAGUUCAGUCUGAAGAGAGACUUCAGGACAGGAUUAAUCACCUCAAGACUGAAUUUGAAGAACGCAAAGAGGCGGAGCUCGAAGGUUUGAGGCGGAGCUUGACAUCUCAGCAACAGGAAAAGGAACAGAGCUACACAAGCAAAAUGAGCCAGCUCACCACCCAGCUGCAGCAACUAGAUGCUGUAGUUACCCAGCUGCGAGCAGAAAUCGGGUGCUUGCAGGAGGAGUUGCGUGGAAAACGUUCAGAGAUGGAGACGCUGGAUACCCUUCUACAAAGAAGGGAACGAGAGAGUCAGGAGGGGAGCAACCUUCUCAAGAUGCUCACUGAUGACUUACAGGAUGCUAAAGAGGAAAGGACCAAACUGUACAAAUCAAAUGAAAAGAUGAGUAAAGUGCUGAUGGAGAUGCUGCGCAGCGUCAUAGCUACUGAGGAGCUGAUUGGACAAAAGAUCAACACUAGACUCCAAAGAAAUGAGCAAACGAUACAUAAAGCAGUGAAUAGAGAUCAAGAAUCCGGUAUUUCAGUCGCAGAUUUGACCUCGGAGGACAUGGAACUGACUCAAACGCUCUGUGAAAGUUUGCUAGUUACAGACUCCCAGAUCAGUCCUGGAGGAGAAGAAUCAGCUCUUAAAGCUUGCAGUAGAUUACGUCUGGCAGUGGAGACGCUCCUGGAUCUGCUCAACCAAGCUCAUACACAGUUGGAGCAGACGUGCAGUGUUCAUUUUACUCUGGAGGAAAAGUUCUCCCAGGGUCGAGAAGAUGCCACCCAACUUCUUGAACAGCACAAGCUCCUGUUGAAGCAGCUGGAUGACGAGGCCAGGCUGAAGAGUCGCCUCCAGCUGGAGCUCCACAAGGCGGAGGGGCUUCUGGAGGGCUAUGUGGCUGAAAAAGCUGCCUUAGAGGAGUCUCUGCAGCAGAAAGAGGUGCAAGAAGAGAGGCUGGCAGAGGAGCUGGAAGGCCUGAAGGUGAAGCUGCAUAAGAUGCAGGGCAUAAGUGCAGAGUUAGACAGCGUCAGGUUAAAGUAUCAGGAGCUGACUGAGGAGCACGCCAUUCUCCUGCGCCAGAAGGAGCAUCUCUCUGGUGGACUUGGAGAGAGAGAGAAAGCUUUGCUGGCAGAGACGGAGCGUCUGACCCAGGACAGGCUGGACUUACAGAGGCAGGCAGAAAAAGACCACAAGUCUCUGUCGCUGCGCCUCAGGAACCUGGAGAGAGAGCUGGAAGAUCAGGAAACUAAAGGCCUGGAGAAAGACCUGCAGCAUAAGACUCACGUUGAAGACCUUGGUCAGCGUGUCCAAGCGCUGGAGAAGCAGCUGAAAUACGACAGACAGUUUAUAGAGGAGCAAGCAGUGGAGCGUGAACACGAGCGAGACGAGUUCCAGCAGGAGAUCCGCAGGUUGGAAGCCGAGCUCAGACAGACAGGAAAUGUAGAUAACAAGGCACACAAGUUUGACGACUUGCUUCUGCAGGUGGAGAGUCUACAAGCUUUAAUCAGAGAUAAGACUGAGGACCAUGCUUCAUUACUUGAGGCCAAUCAACAAGCGCAGCGCGAUCUGGCAGAACGCAACGAGGAGAUAGACAAACUAGCAGGAAGAAUCCGAGAGCUGGAACAAGCUCUCCUCAACAGUGCUGAAAGCGUUAGAGCGGUCAACGAAAUGGAGCAAGAGCUGCGCAAAGCCAAGCUAAGGGAACAGGAGCUCACACAAGAUAAGCUUGCUCUGGAGCAGCAGCAGCUGUCUAGCAGGCUCCAAAUCUCAGCUUUGCAGUCUAAACUGGAUGAGAAAAGGCACUGUUACCAUGACAACACGCAUGAUCCCACCGAUGAGCUUAGAGAUGCCUUGGAUGCAGCUCAGGAAAAUCUACAUCGCAAAGAGCAAGAGGUUGAGGUUUUGCUUAACCAGUUGGAAAAUGUGCAGAGGGACUUAAACCAAAAAGAGGUUGAGCUGAAGCACCUCACCGCUCAGCUUGAAGUUCUUACCAAUAACAAUGUGGCACAAGUUGAGGAGCUUCAGAAGGAAAUAUCUACCCUCAAAGAGACUAUUUCCUCCCUCACUGAGGUAAAUGAAAACAAGGAACAAACUCGGGCAGCAGUGAAUGAGGAGGAACCCCUCCCCGCAGCACUCCUUCAGGAGAAAAACCAGGAGAUCGAUCAUCUUAACUGCGAGAUUCAAAAACUUGAACAAGAACUGGAGAGUGAGAGGGACAGCAAAGUCAGGGUUCUGGAGGUUGAGCUGGAGGAUCUGCGAGCUCAGGUCGAGCAUCUUAGAUCUGAAAUAACGAGGGUGCGUCAAGAAAAGCAGGAAGAAGAGGAGCGUCUUCAUGAGGUCAUCAGCACGCUGCAGGCUGAGCUCGCCACCCUGGCUCCUAAUCUUCAUGAAGUCAGUGACUCCCAGGAUGGGGACAGCAUCAAUCCCUCACCUUCCCCCAGCCCUGAACCUCACACAGACAACCUCCAGGACAGGAGGGGAGGUCCGAACAGCCUGAAGCACGAAAUCAGCCUCACGCAUUCCACUUCUUCCUCUUCUCUUCACUCGCGUCUCAAAGCCGUUCAGAGUCAGUUUGAAACCGCUGUGGCAGAGAAAGAAGGACUGGAGCGCUUGUUGCUCAUGCAGGAGGAAGAGUACAGGGCACAAGUGGAGGAGUUUGGAAAGAGACUUGGAGCUGAGAGGGGAAAGUUAGAUGAUACCCAGAGUCUCCUCAGGCUGAGGGAGACGGAGCUCGAGGAAGAGAAAGAGAAGCGAAAACUGUCAGAGGAGGAGAGGGACAGUUUGAAAGCUGCGGCCGAAGGAGUAAACGCAAUGCGCAAAGAGAAAGCCCACCUGAACUCUGUUAUCUCGGAUUUGCAAAGAAGUGUACAAGAGCGAAUGAGAGAGAUUGAAGCUUUUAAAACAAAGGACCAUGAGAUGAAGCUAGAAAUGGAGUUGCUCAGAGAAGCCAGCCUCACUUUUGAGAAGCAAGUCCAGGAAGUAAGAGCAGAAAACCUGGAGAUGGAGAAAGUGGUUUCUGAGGCAAGAGAGAGGAUCAAAACUCUGGAGACCGUUAAAGGAGAGCUUUCAGCAGAACGGGAGGCGCUCAGGAGAAGAGAGUGUCAGCUCCAGGAAGAAAUCGAAAAACUUAGAAAAGAAGUAGGUUCAAUGAGAGACCUUAUCCAGGAGCUGACAGCUAAACUGAGAGAAAAGGAAACCGGCCAAGAGGAGGCUCAGACGGAGGUUCUGACCCAUGCUGAUGUGACGCUGGCCAAAGCAGACGCUGCUUUGAGGCAGAAGGAGUCAGAGUUUGCUGAGCUGAAGUCUGAGAACGAGGCUCUUAAGAGCGAGCUGGCUGCUGUGAAACAAGGGCUGAAUACCAUCUCAGAAAGUGCUGCAGAAUCUCAUGAGAACGGACAGCUCAAAGUUGAUCUGGAAACUGAAAACCAGCGAAUGAAGGCAGAGCUUGAACGUCUGCAGCAUGACGUAAUUAUACAGGAAGAGGAACUAGCCUAUCAGAGAAGAGAACUGGAACAGCUCCGUCAACAAGGAGACAGCGAUCCUGACCAUCAGGACUACCAGAUCAAGGAUAUUUCUCACCGUGCUUUUGAGGAGGUUCUUAUAGUAUCUAGAGACGAAGCCUCUCUGAGUUCCCCAGAGGUUUUGAGGAGACUCGAAUGUUCUGAGGAGAGAAUCAGAGAACGGUUCCACGCCUCGGUUCUGGAUUCCCAUCUGUCUGAGCUCAGUGGCCUGAACUGUACAAACCUGGAUCCUUCCCAGGUUAAAACCUCUCCAAGGGUCAUGAUGGAGCCUCAACACUCCAGGACCAUCACCCCAGAUCCAACCUCACGCAGUUCUCACUCACCAGGCUCUUUGUCUGUGUCUGACCACUUCUCUGGGCUCGAUUCAAUGGAUCCUGACAAAGAGUUGGAGGACCUUGACCUGACAGCGCCUCCAUCUCCGCUUGGUUCCACCUCUUCCUUCUCAGCUCAGGAAUGGAACAGCGACGGAUACGGGAGCAAUGUGAGUUCAGAACUAGGAGCCAGACUGAGAGUGGAGCUGGAACAGACGGAGAGGCUGGAUGCUCAAUUUGUUCAGUAUCUCCGCUGCAGAGGAAUAAACCCCACAGCUAACACCGACAGCGCAGCAGGAAGUAUGAGCUACAGCGAUGACUUGCUGUCACCUGAGCUUCAGGGUCUGUUGAAAAAGGUUUACCAGGAAAGCUGCAGAAUUCUCACACUGAGCCAACGCCGCAGCGCACCUUCGUCUCAACCCAACUCUUUGGAGCUGAAAGCUUUCUCCUCCAGUCAGACGCAGCAUCACUUUGAACAUGGUUCCAAUCCACUGGACCGCAGUGAUAAUCCAGCCUCCUCCAACCCUCCCAUGAGCUGGCAGCAGGAGAAGAGGGCAUUGCAGGAGACCGUGGUCGCUCUUAGAGAACUGCUUUGUCGAAUGGCACAAAGACAAACACAGACCGACUACAAUGAUGACAGCCUGCACAGAGGUCUGCUUCAGUCUGAUGGACACGUUGAAUCCCAGCUGAGAGCAGAGCUGGAGGAAUACCAGAGGCAGCUGAAAUGUGCCCGCGACGCUCUACAAGAGCAUAAGAACAAAAUACUUUCACUCAGGCUGGCUGUGGAGGAGGCUGAGGAGGCGAUGAGAGCAGAACAGGCCCGAUUCCUGGAGCUUCAGCAGGAGCUGGAUCAGGAGAGGGCUCUGAUUCUCAGAAAGAACAAAGAGGAAGAGCAAAGGAGAGAGGCUGUUCAGGUUUCCUCUGAGAAGCUUAAGGGUGAGGUUAUGUCUCUAAAGGCUCAAGUUGAGCAGGAGAAGGUGGCCUGCAGCAACCUGAGACAGGAGCUCCAAAUCGAACAGUCCCGUAGCUCAUUGUUAGAGAAGCGUUUUGAGGAGGCACAGAAAGAGCUGGAGGACGAACGCGAGCGUUUCAUCCAUAAACAAGAACUCAUCCAGCAAGAAAAGACUCGGGUAGAACGCCUCCUGAAUGAAGCCGAGUCUCGUUUGGCCGAAAGCCGCUCUAAGCUUGAAGAGGAGAGGCAGCAUUUCUUCAGGCAGAUGGGCGAACUGAGCCGCAGACACGAGUCUGAUUCAGCAAAGGAUCAGAAGUUCAUCUCCGAUCUACGCUCCCAGUUAGAGCAGGAGCGAAGGCAGGCGGAGGACCUGGCGACGGGGACAGACAAACUCCGGGCUGAGGUGAUGCAAAGCAAGAGGAAAUGGGAGGAAGAUGAUCGAAUAAGGCUGGAAGAGCUUCAGAGGGAGAAAGAAGCUGUUGCCAGACAUAGAGCUGCAACAGAGACCUUGAAGGAGCAAAAAUGGGAGCUCAGCAGAACCCUGGAGAUGGAACAACAGCAGUGCAGACGCCAAGAGGUGGAACUAGCCGAGCUGAAGGAGAGACUUCAACUGUUGAAGGAGAAGGAGAGGGAAAGAGAUGAGCAUCUGGAGAAACAGAGGAGAAAAGAAAGGGAGGAGCUGAUGGAACGAGAAAUGCGACAGGAGAGGACCAAUAACAAACUUCUGGAGUUGGAGUUACUGAGGCGGCAAGACCAGCAGCGCAUGCAGGAGCUGCAGCGGACCCUUUCAGAUCUAGAAAGAGAGAAGAAGGAGAUGGUUUCUCAGAGGCUGUCUGGAAAAACAUCCAGCCUGCUGCAGCACAGAGCCAUGUCCCCACAGGAGGAUGGGGUCCUAGCAGGGGCCUCACAGCAGCACCAGCAGACUGCAUCACCUUCAUCCUCCAGUUUGCUGGAGAGGGUGCUGAAGGAGAACUCUGAGUUGACAGAGCAGGUGAUGUCACUGAGUCAGGAAAAGGCCGUCUACAAAAGUAGACUGACCAGCCUGGAGAAACAGCUGCGACGCACAGAGUGCGAUCUUGCCAAAGUCGCUACAGAAACAGAAAAUCAACCCAUCAGUGAUGCAGGCAGCAACAGCAGGCUGCAGCGUUAUUACGAGCGCUACCUGCGUGCUGAGAGCUUCAGGAAAGCUCUGGUUUACCAGAAGCGAUACCUAAUCCUGCUGCUGGGAGGGUUCCAGGACUGCGAGCAGGCCACCCUGGCUCUCAUCGCUCGUAUGGGGGUGCGGCCCUCGCCUCCCCUCAUAAUGCAGCGGGGGCCCCUCUGGAGAUUCAGGGCUGUGGUUCGGGUCGUGAUAGCCGUGUCAAGAAUGAGGUUUCUGACCAGGAAAUGGCAAAGAGCAAUCAGAAGGGUGCCUGUCUCUGCGUCCGCCAAUGGGCAUGCUCCAGCACGCCCUAAAGCAGAGUUCUUAAGACAGCAGCAGCCCAGAGGAAACCCCGACUCUGCGCAGAACAGAGACAGCGGUGACACCCAGAGAAACUGUCUGUCAUCUCUGGUUCCACCUGGCAAAUCCUCAUUCAGACUGCAAAGAAGGCCGCACCUCAGUACUUCUCUAGCCUCUGCUCACUCUGCAGGAACAUCCCAGGACCCGGAGCGGUCCCUGACAGAAUAUAUCCAUCAUCUGGAGAAAGUACAGCAGCGCUUGGUUGGAGCUAGACCGGGUUCAUCUUCCUUCCAGUCUCACCCAAAGUAAACCAGCAACCGAAGACUGAAUGUUGCCUUGCCUGGUAGCACCAAACAGACCCCGCCUUAAUGCCUUGAAGGAUGUUUAUAUUGUUUGUUGUUGCUAUAUGUUAAUUUCACAUGGUUUCUCUUAAAUUAUUUUUGUAUUUUUAAAUGUAAAUUUUUAUUUUGUUUGUCUGCCGAUUUAGAAUCCAGCUGAACCUUUUUUUUUUUCCUCCAUGAUUUUAAAUAGGACCUUUUUUGUCUUCUAUUCCUGACAGUGAUCCGGUAUGUUGCCAUAUCUGCUCUCAUUUUAUACUGAAACUGAGAGAUAAACACGCUAUGCUGAGGAAGCAGAUCUUUGUAUAAAGACAUGUAUAAUCUGAUGUUUGUUUUUACUUGAACUUGAAUUAAAGAAGACACUAUGAUCUCUGUAUAUACGCUGAACAUUUCCUUUAGAUCUUGAUGACAUAUUUGUUUUUAAACCCAAAGUAUACAUUGAGAUUAAACUGAUCACA